AACCUUUCAACAAUUAGGACCAUACCAUUACCACACUACAAUAUCGAGCUUACUGCCAAGAUAGAGAAAAUUGCCCUAAUAAAUUUAGCCCAAAAGCCACCACAAAGACUUCUCGAAGACAAAUUCAUCUCGCUCUUGCAGUCAUGUAAGACUCCAAAACACCUCCACCAAAUCCAAACCCAGAUAAUCACCCACGGAUUCAAACACAACGACUACAUUACCUCAAGAUUUAUCACAGUAUGUGUGAAGCUGAAGAAACUAGCUUAUGCCCGCCAUUUGUUCGAUCGAAUUCCAGACCGGGGCAUUGCGCUAUGGAAUGCAAUGUUCAGAGGGUAUGCUCAAAAUGAGUCUUAUAGGGAAGUUUUGGUUUUGUUUAGUCAAAUGAAGAGCUCAGACGUAAUACCCAAUUGCUUUACCUUCCCUAUUGUUUUGAAAUCUUGUGGGAAAGUUAAGGCAUGCGUAGAAGGCCAAGAAGUGCAUGGUGUAGCAAUAAAGGGUGGUUUUAGAGCAAACCCAUUUGUGGGAACUACGUUGAUUGAUAUGUAUGCCGGUGGGGGAGCGAUUGGAGCUGCUUACAAGGUGUUUGGUGAGAUGGCUGAGAGGAAUGUCGUUGCAUGGACUUCGAUGAUUAGUGGGUAUAUUUUGUGUCGCAAGAUGGUUUCUGCACGGCGCCUUUUUGAUUUGGCUCCCGAGCGAGAUGUUGUGUUGUGGAACACCAUGGUUUCGGGUUAUAUUGAAUUGGGUGAUAUGUUAGCUGCACGCAAUCUUUUUGAUGAGAUGCCGAACCGGGAUGUGAUGUCUUGGAAUACUAUGUUGAAUGGUUAUGCUAAUAAUGGGGAUGUCGAGGCAUGUGAGAAGCUGUUUGAAGAGAUGCCUGAGAGGAACAUUUUUUCUUGGAACGGAUUAAUUGGAGGGUAUGCCCGUAAUGAUCAUUUUUUUGAAGUUAUGGAGACUUUCAAAAGGAUGCUAAUUGAGGGUAAUGUGCGUCCUAGUGAUGCCACACUCGUGACCGUGUUGUCUGCAUGUGCAAGAUUAGGAGCUAUUGAUUUGGGUAAGUGGGUUCAUUUAUACGCUGAAAGUAAUGGAUAUAAGGGAAAUCUUUACGUUGGGAAUGCUUUGAUUGACAUGUAUGCAAAAUGUGGAACUGUAGAAAAUGCAGUUGAUGUGUUCAAGAGCAUGGGUACAAAGGAUUUGAUUACAUGGAACACCAUAAUCAAUGGUUUAGCAACUCAUGGACGUGGGAGUGAUGCCUUAACUUUGUUUUGCCAGAUGAAGAAUGCUGGAGAAAUACCAGAUGGAAUCACCUUCAUAGGAAUUUUGUGCGCUUGUACGCACAUGGGAUUAGUUGAAGAUGGCUUUUCCUAUUUCCAAUCAAUGGUUGAUGAUUACUCAAUUGUGCCUCAAAUUGAACAUUAUGGUUGUAUGGUUGAUCUGCUUGCACGAGCUGGUCUUUUAGACCAGGCUGUAGAGUUUGUGAGGAAGAUGCCCAUGGAAGCAGAUGCCAUUAUAUGGGCUGCCUUACUUGGGGCAUGUAGGAUUUACAAAAACAUUGAGUUGGCUGAACUGGCUCUUGAACGGCUUAUCGAACUUGAACCGAAGAACCCUGCAAAUUUCGUCAUGCUUUCAAAUAUAUAUGGGGAUCUUGGGAGAUGGAAAGAUGUUGCACGUUUAAAAGUUUCAAUGAGGGAUACUGGGUUCAGAAAAUUGCCAGGAUGUAGCUUGAUUGAGGUCAAUGAGUCUGUUGUUGAGUUCUAUUCCUUAGAUGAGAGGCAUCCUGAGAGAGAGGAAAUAUACGGAGCUUUGAGGGGGUUGACAAAGCUGUUAAGGUCAUCUGGAUAUGUAUCAGACCUGUUCGAGCUUGGGCAGGGAACUUAAAGAUAAAGGAGGGAUAAGACAAGCACUACGAACUUAUCUUAUAUCAUCCUGUAACUUGAAACAAAUAGACUGAUUUGCCACAAAAUUAUUUCAAUCUGCUUGCCAAACAUAUGCUUCCUCCUCUCAGCUGAAAUGGCAUCGCUCAAACAUUUUCAUCUGGAUAUACAUUUUCUCUUUGGGAUAGUGAUUGGACAAUGGUUGCUUCAUAAAGAAAGCUGCAGCAACGACUCCUCAGUUUUGGAAAGCAUAUUGAUUACACCAAAUCUCUUCUGUAGUCACAAGAUUCAAGCUAUGUUCAAAGGCCUUAUUGGGUAGGUUUAGUUAGCUGAAUUUGAUGAUUCGGGCUGUUUUUUUGAAUAAUUAGGCAAUGCACAUUACUAGCAAACCACGGGAGGUAACACUUUUGCCCCCGACGUCUCACCAUUCUGUUCUUUCUUUGGAAUGGAUAUGGAUGGGAAAAAUUGGGAUGUGGAACCUGAAUUGGGGUUCUGGGUACUAGCCUAGGGUGAGGCAGGUAUUAGCAAAAAUUCUGUUUAUUUUAUCUUUGGAGCUUGUUGUUCAAGGAUUAUAAUUAACAUUGAUAGUUAAACAAUUUCUAUAUUGUGGUCAUGGUUGCUUCUGUGUGAUUUGCACAGCAAUAUGUUAAAAGUUUCUAGCUGGGUAUUGUUGGAGGCUACAAUGUUCUUGUGACUUAAAGCCCAUGGUAGGAGAUAGUUGCACCAGUUUUCUAGCUGAGAUUGCCCGGAUGCUAGCACAAUUGACCUCGCAGGUAGCCAUCGGAAAUACCCUGGCUGCACCUGCUGCUCAAGGAACAAACCCUCCAUCCAUCUACCACCCCUGCUUAGGGGACACAGAUCCACAACCACAAAGCCAACCAAGAGUAGCAGAUGCUAGACUUGUAGACCCAGUACCCCCUCCAGUUCAGAAUCGGCCCGCAGUUCCUGAACCUGUGGAUCGCUAUGAGAAAGAGAUCCGAAGAAAGCCUCCUGCAGUACCGGCCGUGUCCUUGGCUCCCACUCCCAUGAAUCAGAUAGUGCCAUACGUCCCACCACAGCCGUCCGAUCCUCUGAUGGAGAAGAUCAGUCGCCUUGAACGGGCAGUUAAUAAAUUUGUAAUUCCUUUUUCCCCUCUUUUGGCCAUUAUUCAAAAACAGGACAACGUCAUACGGUUGAUUUCAGGUGAGUUGCUGAUUCUCCCAGCUCACCACACAGCAGGCACAAAGGUGUAAGGAAGAAAUGAGAAACUUGGCGGUUUAGGAAACUAUCCUUGAAGAAGCAGGACUUGGAUUCCAACGGUGUUGGGCUCAGCUCAUGGAUCGGCCCAUAAACAUUGUCUAUGGAGGUGGCAAGUCCUGUUGGACUGGCAGACAGGUAGCCGUUUUUGUGCAAUUCUUUUUUCUUUUGGUUUCUUUUGGGGAAUGGGGUACGUAGCUAGUGUUAGACUUCGUACAAGAAAAAUAUCAACAAAAUGAAAAAUGAAAAAGCUAAACUUUUUUUUUUUUUUUUUUUUUAAAAAGAAUUAUAAAAUUAUUAUUUUUUUUUUUAAAAAAAAAUAUAUAUAUAUUUUGGAGGACAUUGUGGCGGGGGGGUGUACCAUCAUGUAGUUCCACCCCGGCAACAAUGAUAUUUAUUUUUCUCUAGUAUCAAGGAAAAAUACAAUGAACGUGGCUUCCUUUCUCU